AUGCCGCGCCACCUCCCGGGACUGCUCCUGCUGCUCUGGCCUCUGCUGCUGCUGCUGCUGCCGCCCCCCGCCGCCCCCGGCCCCCAGGCCCGACCGGGCUUCCGGAGGUUGGGGACUCGCGGCCCAGGGGGCAGCCCUGGACGCCGUUCCGCUCUGGCCGCCCCCACCGGCGCGCCGUAUGCGGGGGUCGGCGGCGCAGGUAUUUGCAAGAGCAGGCCCUUGGACUUGGUGUUUAUCAUUGAUAGCUCCCGUAGUGUACGGCCCCUGGAGUUCACCAAAGUGAAAACAUUUGUCUCGCGGAUAAUCGACACUCUGGACAUCGGGGCUGCGGACACGCGGGUGGCAGUGGUGAACUACGCUAGCACCGUGAAGACUGAGUUUCAUCUCGGUACCCACUCAGAUAAGCAGUCCCUGAAACGGGCUGUGGCGCGGAUCACACCGUUGUCUACAGGCACCAUGUCCGGCCUGGCCAUCCAGACAGCGAUGGACGAAGCCUUUACAGUGGAGGCAGGAGCUCGGGGGCCCACUUCCAACAUCCCUAAGGUGGCCAUCAUCGUGACAGAUGGGCGGCCCCAGGACCAGGUGAACGAGGUGGCGGCUCGGGCCCGGGCGACGGGUAUUGAGCUCUACGCUGUGGGUGUGGACCGGGCAGACAUGGAGUCCCUCAAGCUGAUGGCCAGUGAACCCCUGGACGAGCACGUUUUCUACGUGGAGACCUAUGGGGUCAUUGAGAAACUUUCCUCUAGAUUCCAGAAAACCUUCUGUGCUCCGGACCCGUGCAUGCUUGGCACACACCAGUGCCAGCACGUGUGUGUCAGUGACGGGGAAGGCAAGCACCACUGUGAGUGCAGCCAGGGCUAUUCGCUGAAUGCUGAUAAGAAGACGUGUUCAGCUAUUGAUAAGUGUGCUCUUAACACUCAUGGGUGUGAACACAUCUGUGUGAACGACAGAGCGGGCUCCUACCACUGUGAGUGCUACGAGGGUUAUACCUUAAAUGAAGACAGGAAAACGUGUUCCGCUCAAGAUCAGUGUGCUCUUGGUACACAUGGCUGUCAGCAUGUUUGUGUGAAUGACAGAGCUGGAUCCUACCACUGUGAAUGUUAUGAGGGCUACACUCUGAAUGAAGAUAAAAAAACAUGUUCAGUUCGUAACAAGUGUGCUCUGGGCUCUCACGGUUGCCAGCACAUUUGUGUGAAUGACGGGGCCACCUCUUACCACUGCGAUUGUUACAAUGGCUACACCUUGAAUGAAGACAAGAAGACAUGUUCAGCCAUUGAAGAAGCACGAAGACUCAUCUCCACAGAAGAUGCUUGUGCAUGUGAAGCCACACUGGCAUUCCAGGAUAAGGUCAGCUCGUAUCUGCAGAGGCUGAACACCAAACAUAUCCUUUCUGGAAGCUUUUCUGCUUCUGCUUGA